AGCAGCUCCUCGGCUAUGUAUACCUCCCACAUCCGAUUUUAACUGAAAUAGCUUUGGCUUGUUGAUGUUUGAUCUACUUCUCGAUGGACCGGAUCGAUACAAUGAAUUUCACGAUGGCGGUUCACCAACAUAUCCACUAGCUAAUCCAAGUAUAUGGAACUGAACAACUUCGAGAGGACAGUACACACGAACAUGGAUUCGACGAUGGGUUGAACAUCAACAACAAGAGCUCUUCUUGGCGUUAAUAUCUAGAAGUUCUUCUGAGUAUACCACUUUCAUUUUCCCAAGAAUUCCCAACAAGACCACAAAGCAAAAGACUCCCAAUCACCAAAGACCAUGUCCGCCCUCUCUCCCCGCGAGUCCACCCUGGCGGACUUCCUCCGGUCGCCGGACACAGUCGAAAACGCGAUGGAAUUGGUCCAAAACACCCACAUUCUCAACUACCUCACCGACACCACGCCGCAACAGAACCAAAACAACAAUAAAGACCACCUGUCCGACGUCCAGCGACUACAAGUUCUCAAACGGCUGCUCCAGUACAGCCAGCUUUGGGACAAAUUCGCAACCUUCGUCACGAAAUUGUGGAAACCACUAUCAACGUCCGGGCGAAACAGAGCCACCGCGGAGAAAUUUGAGGAGCAGGCAAACCUGAUUCAACCGGUUUUGGAAUUACUGCUGUCGUUAGAUGGGGACACCGCUGUCGAAGCGAGGAGCAACCUCAUCACUGCCGAUUUGUUGAAAUUCGACAACUUCGCCUGGAUGUUGAAGCAGGAUUUGAAGACGGCGAAUUUAUUGACGAAAUUGCUCUGCGAAACUGGGGUGAAAGAACGAGUGGAGCUAGUCAAUACUGAAGAACACAACUCGCAGGACUUCUCCCUCCUCGUGUCCGCGCAAACGGAGGAUGACGAGAAGAAAUUCCGGUAUCUACAACUCGUCGCGGACUUGAUUUCCGCGGACGUAGAAGUGCCGAAGUCCGCAUUUCAACUUCUAGUCCAAGCGUAUUUCACAGAGGAUAUCUUGUUGAAGCUGAAUGCGGUGCAGCUAUUUGAGCAGUUGGGGACGAGCAGAUACGGACGCAAAUUAUUACUAACGGAAAACCUGCCGAAUUUGAUCAAACAAGAACUGACCGAGGGAGAUAAUAUGCAACUCUCCUUAGACCCGAAGAUCGCGCCAAUGUGCGUGCUCUUCUGCUGCUUCAUUUUACAACAAGAGCCGGAGAACUAUUUCAACGAUUUGUACGAGCAGUUGAUUCUAAAGUACGUGGAAGAAUUCCUCGCCGCCCCGAACACGAACGAAAUCGCGAAGCUCUGCUUGUUAUGCAUUGCAAAAGUAUCGUACUAGUAUAAAUCGCAAUACAAGUUUUUCCAGAAGGAAAAAUGGAAUUUGUAAUGCUGAUUUCGCUAAGAAACAAGAUUUGUCAUGCAUGAUUGCAAUUAGUACGAGUACGAUACUUUUGCACAGGAUACUUGUUAAAAAUGUUCGGCGCGGUGUUUCAGGUGCACUUCCCCAACAGCCAAUAUGGAAGCGUCAGGUUUGAAAUCGACAGAGUUGAAAUGAUUUGCCAUGCAUAAAAUGCAAAGCAUGAAGCGCCUGUCUUGCCGGGAAGGCAAGUGAUGCCGAUUGUGAGCCUGUUUAGGGUUUGGAAUAGCGCUACUAGAGUAGCACGACAAAAGCGGUCUUCUGUGCCCAAACAGCACGACAAAUUGGACUCCGGUGCUCUGAAAAUUUGUCAUGCGCCGCUUCAUAAGUGGGCUUCCGACUGGUAUCGGUUUUAUGCAUCACAAACUAUUUCAACUUUGAUGAUUUCGAUCCUGACGCUUCCAUAGCCAGAAGAACGCGGUAGUGGAGUCAAACUGGGUGGAGUUCGCGAAGGGGGCGAUAGCGAAAUCCACGAAUCCGGAAAUCUGCAAAGCAGGGUUGGUCGCCUGGAUCAUUGCGACGACCAGUACGGAGAAAAACCAAGAGUCCAAAGCGAAUCUGAAAAUCGCCCCCCACGUGAUCCGGCCGGCGUUGGAGUUAUUGACGAAACAGAGUUUGAAUGCGGAAUUAAGGCCGUUUUUGUACCAGUUACUCGCGAACCUCGCCUGUGACUUCAGCUGCGCGAGGAUGCUGAUUGAGUCGGACGAAAUAAGGCAGAUUCUGCUGGAUUUCGGCUCGGAAACGACGCACGACGGGCGGGUGGAGAAGCAUUUGUUUGUGAAGAAUUUGUUGGAAAAGACGGAAGUGUGCCGGCAAUUGCUGGAUGAACAGGGAUUGGAAAUGUUGGAGCUGUAUGUGCGGAAAGGGCCGUACGGGGCGGUGGGAAGUAUGAUGGAAGCGCGAGUGCAGGUGGGACAGGAGACGGCGUGAGAUGGGACGACGAGGAGGAGACGAGAGGAUGGCUUUUUUGAAGAUGAUGCGACGGUGAUCGUGAUGUCAGUUGAUGACUUAGCUUUGUUUCAUAUCUUCACAGGUGGUCCGUAAUUGUGACGAUAUCGAUAUCCACUUCGCACUAUUUUUACUGACGACACUGACAGAGCUGAACAAAAGUACUUACUAAGAUGUCCAA